UCUCUAAUCCCUCAACCUUUCUCUUACCUUCCUUUACACGUCUUAUUCUUCUUCUUCCUCUCUCUUUCUGUUUUUUUUCCUGUUUAUUUUCAACAAUUAUGUCUACAGAUCUUGGAUUACUCCAAGAUUUGGCUAAAGCAAAUUUACCCAAACUCAACAUUCAAUCUUCCGAUCAAAGUGGACUCGAAAUUCAGCAAGAAAACAAUAGCAACAGCACCACCGGCGAGUGUUCAACGCCGACAUCGGAAGAAAACAAGAUUCCGGCGGUUUUGUCAUGUCCGGAAGCACCAAGGAAACAUAGGAAAACACAUGUUUCGUGUAAACGGAAGCUGUCUGAAUUCCAGUUCUUCGAGAUCCUUAACAGAGACGAAGUCGAUGCGUUUUUGGAAGCUGGUUUCCAUGAUCUCGUCUCUAAAAGAAGGUGCCCACGUACAUGAAUUUAUUUUAUAUAUUUUUGGGUUUUUUUACAUGUAUUUUUUAAUUUCUUUUUUGUAUGUAUUAAAUUGAAAUUACACGCGAAUCUACCGCUUGAUUAAAAAA